AGCUUGUCCCUACAGACACUCACAACCUCAUCAGCAAUGAGGGCGGUUGUGCUUGUCCUGGCCCUUGUGGGCAUCUGUAGCAAACAGCCCACUGUGCACAGUUCAAUUGUCAGUGGUCAUUCUAAUAAUUUAGUUCCCAUAUUCGCUGCUGGUAAGACCUACGUGUACAAGUAUGAGGCAUUGCUUCUUGGAGGCCUGCCAGAGGAAGCUCUGGCAAAAGCUGGACUCAAAGUCAGCAGCAAAGUUCACAUCAGUGCCGCAGAACACAAUGUGUACAUGCUGAAGCUUGUGGAACCUGAGCUCUAUGAGUUUAGCGGUGUCUGGCCAAAAGAUCCUUUAGCUCCAGCAACCAAGCUGACUUCAGCCCUGGCAGCUCAGCUCAAGACUCCCAUCAAGUUUGAGUACGCCAACGGCAUUGUGGGAAAAGUGUUCGCCCCUGAGGGCAUCUCAACCACAGUGCUAAACAUGCACAGAGGCAUCCUGAACAUCCUGCAGCUUAACAUUAAAAAGACACAGAACAUCUAUGAGUUGCAAGAGACUGGAGCUCAGGGCGUGUGCAAGACCAUCUAUGCCAUCACUGAAGAUGAAAAGGCAAAACACAUUCUUCUGACAAAGACAAGGGACCUGAACCACUGCCAGGAAAAAAUCAUGAAGGACAUGGGCCUUGCAUAUGCUGAGAAAUGUGUAAAGUGCCAGCAGGACUCCAAGAACCUGAGAGGAGCCACAGCAUACAGCUACAUCUUGAAGUCCGUCGCUAACAAUGUUCAGAUCCUGGAGGCAACCGUCAAUGAGCUGAUCCAGUUCUCACCCUUCAGCGAGCUGAACGGAGCAACUCAGAUGGAGACAAAGCAAUCCCUAGUGUUCCUUGAAACCCGAGCGGCCAGAAUUGUACCUGCUGAGGCUGAGUAUCGUCACCGUGGAUCUCUCAAGUACGAGUUUUCCACUGAGCUUCUCCAGACACCCAUUCACCUUAUGAAGAUCAACAAUGCCCAGGCUCAGAUUGUGGAGACUCUGAAUCACCUGGUUAGGUACAAUGAGGAGAAGGUACACGACGACGCCCCUCUGAAGUUUGUGGAGCUCGUUCAGCUGUUGCGCGUCACCCGGUUUGAAGACCUAGAAAUGCUUUGGGGUCGCUACAAAAGCAAACCUGCUCAUAGACAGUGGCUGUUAGAUGCGGUUCCUGCCAUUGGAACCCAUGUCGCUCUGAGAUUCAUCAAGGAAAAGGUCCUGGCCAACGAGUUGACUGCUGCUGAAGCAACUCAGGCUUUGAUUGCAUCUGUUCAUAUGGUGACUGCAGACGCUGAAGCCAUCAAGCUGGUCAAAGCUCUGGCAGUCGACAGUAAAAUAUUGGAGAACCCAGUGCUGCGUAAGAUCGUCCUGCUUGGAUACGGUACAAUGAUCUUCAAACACUGUGCUGAGGAGGACGCCUGUCCUGCCAACCUUAUAAAGCCCAUCCAGGAACUUCUUGCGGAAGCAGUCGCUAAGGGUGAGACUGAGGACAUCAGUCUGCUCCUCAAGGUUCUGGGUAACGCUGGUCAUCCCAGCAGCCUUAAGUCAAUCACCAAGGUUCUGCCCAUACAUGGCACAGCAGCCACAUCUCUGCCCACAAGAGUCCACGUUGAUGCCAUCUUGGCUUUGAGGAACCUUGCCAAGAGGGAGCCCAGAAUGACCCAGGAACUGGCUCUUCAGCUCUACAUGGAUAAGUCUCUUCCCUCAGAGCUUCGUAUGCUCGCAUGUAUAGUGGUGUUUGAGACAAGGCCCCCGAUGGGCCUGGUGACAACUCUCGCCAACAUUGUGAAGACAGAGCGGAAUUUGCAGGUCGCUGGCUUCACAUACUCUCACAUGAAGUCCCUGACCAGGAGCACUGCUGUCAUCCACGCCUCAGUUGCUGCAGCCUGCAACGUUGCUGUCAAAAUCCUGAGCCCAAGGCUGGAAAGACUGAGCUUGCGAUACAGCAAAGCCAUCUACACGGACGUCUACAACAGUCCCUUGAUGCUCGGUGCCGCUGCUAGUGCUUUCUACAUUAACGAUGCUGCCACCCUCCUGCCCAAAUCUAUCGUGACUAAGAUAAGUGCCAGCCUUGCAGGAGCUGAAGCUGAUGUCUUGGAGCUUGGAGUGAGAGCUGAGGGACUCCAGGAGGCUCUUCUGAAAAACCCUGCGCUCACUGAAAGUGCUGACCGGGUCACCAAGAUGAAGCGUGUCAUCAAAGCUUUCACAGAGUGGAGGUCUCUGGCCUCCAGAAAGCCUCUGGCCUCUGUCUACGUCAAGUUCUUGGGACAAGAAAUUGCCUUUGCCAACAUUGACAAAGCCUGGUUUGAGCAAGCAGUUGGGCUCGCCACCCAUCCUGCUGUCCGAGCGUUUGGCAGGGACGCUGUCAAAGCGCUGCUGGCUGGUUCCUCCUUUCACUUUGCCAAGCCUGUGCUGGCUGCUGAGGUGCGGCGCAUUAUGCCUACUGCUGCCGGGUUUCCUAUGGAGCUCAGUCUGUCCACCGCUGCUGUGGCAGCCGCAGCUGUUCAAGUUAAGGCCACCACAUCCCCAGCUCUGCCAGAGAACUUCCACAUCGCUCAGCUUCUGAAGACAGACGUACAGCUUGAGACUGAGAUCAGACCAAGUGUUGCUGUGAACACAUAUGCAGUGAUGGGGGUAAACACAGCACUACUCCAGGCUGCAGUGGUUUCUAGAGUUAAGCUCACCUCCAUUCUGCCCGCCAAAAUUGCUGCAAGGCUUAACAUCAAUGACGGCAACUUUAAGAUUGAAGCUCUUCCUGUUUCAGUGUCUAAGGAAAUUGCUGCGGCACACAUUGAGACUCUUGCUGUAGCAAGGAAUGUCGAGGAUCUUGCUGCUGCAAGAAUUACGCCCAUCGUUCCUGCCAAAGCUUUGCAGUCCGUCUCUAGGGAGCAUCUCACAUCCAGGAUUGAUACUCGUGCUUCUGACAGUUUGUCAACAUCCUCUGAGAUUCUCUCUCAGGAUGAGGCAGCUGCUGUUAAGAAACUCAAAGCAGCACACUUUGAGAAGAAGUACACAGUUAAAGCUGCUGCCAUUGGACUAAAAGGCUGCUUCAAGGUCGCCACCAGAAAUGCCGCUUUCAUUAGAAACACUGCCCUGUACAAACUGGUUGGAGGCCAUUCUAUUGCUCUUUCUUUAACAGCCAUUGAAGAGGAAGCAAUCGAGAAACUGCAGCUGGAGAUUCAACUUGGACCAAAAGCUGCAGAAAAGCUCGUGAAGCAAAUCCAGCUGGGUGAAGAAGAAGAAACCACAGAGCAAAAACCAAUCUUAAGGAAGCUCAGGAAACUGCUCGCACCCGGUCUGAGAAACAACACACUGUCCUCCUCAUCUAGCUCCAGAAGCUCAAGCUCAUCUUACGCCAGUAGAAAGGCCACUGAUGCAACUGCUUCAAAGUCCAGCAGCAGCAGCAGCAGCAGCAGCAGCAGCAGCAGCAGCAGCAGCAGCAGCAGCAGUAGACACAGUAGAAGCAGCAGCAGCAGCAGUAGAAGCAGCAGCAGCAGCAGCAGAGGCAGCAGCAGCAGCAGCAGCAGCAACAGCAGUAGAAACAGUAGAAGCAGCAGCAGCAGCAACAGCAGUAGAAACAGUAGAAGCAGCAGCAGCAGCAGUAGAAGCAGUAGAAGCAGCAGCAGCAGCAGCAGCAGCAGAAGCCAAAAGCUCAAGUCCUCCAGACCCGUUAACAGGUCUUUUAGGUCUAGUUCUGCAUCAAGCUUUGCAUCACUCUUCAGUGCCAGCUCAAGCUCCUCUCAGUCCAGUGCUCAUCACUCAAAGCAGGUUCAUUAUCGCAACAAGUUCCAGAGGCACGACAAAAAGCAGGCCCAUACUUCUCAAGCUGCCGCAGCAUCACCUUCCACAAGCAGAAGCAGCGCUUCAAGCUUUGAGGCCAUCUACAGACAGAACAAAUUCCUUGGCGACAGAGCAGCGCCUUCUUUUGCCGUCAUCUUCCGUGCUGUCAGGGCUGACAGGAAGCUGCAAGGAUACCAGCUGGCUGCAUACCUGGACAAACCCACUGCACGAGUUCAGGUCAUUCUGGCUGCCCUCGCCGCUGAUAACAACUGGAGGCUCUGUGCUGAUGGACUUGUGCUGAGCAAGCACAAAGUCACAGCCAAAGUCGCCUGGGGAGCAGAAUGUAAGAAGUACAACACACUGAUCACAGCUGAGACUGGCCUCGUUGGUCCAAACCCUGCAGCUCGUGUCAAGGUGGCAUGGACUUCACUGCCCUCGGCCCUUAAAAACUGGGCGAAGAGAGUGUCUGAGUACGUUCCGUCCAUGCUGGCUGGCGUCAUCCAGCAAAAAGCUAAAAACAGCCCCAAGCACUUCUCCGUUACUGCAGUGGCAACAGCUGACAGAAGCCUUGAUUUAAUUUGUAAAACACCUAGGCGCUCCAUGUAUAAACUGGGUUUGAGUCUUCCAAUUGCUUUGCCGCUCAAUGAAAUCAAAGGUCUCCACCCUUCCCAGGACCUCACUAAUAAAGUGUUGCAGUUGUUUUCCAAGGCUGGGGCAGCUGAAUGCAGCUUUGACAGUCAUGUGCUGACCACAUUCAACAGCAGGAGGUUCAGGAAUGAGAUGCCCCAGUCCUGCUACCAGGUUCUGGCGAAGGAUUGCACCGAUGAGAUGAAAUUCAUGGUUCUGAUGAAGAAGGAUCGCGCUGAACAGAACCACAUCAACGUGAAGAUUGCUGACAUUGAUAUUGACCUGUAUCCGAAGAACAAUGAAAUCAUUUUGAAUGUUAAUGGCAUGAAAAUACCCAUUACCAGCCUGCCCUACCAGCAUCCCACAGCUGGUGUCCAGAUCAGUGAAAAGGAUGAGGGUAUCUCCGUGAAUGCUUUGAGCCAUGGUCUUCAUGAGGUCUACUUUGACAAGAACUCACUGAGGGUGAGCGUUGUGGACUGGAUGAAGGCCCAGACCUGUGGAUUGUGUGGAAGGGCUGAUGGGGAAGUCCGACAGGAGUACCUCAUGCCUAAUGGCCACUUAACCAAGAACACAGUCACCUACGCCCAUUCCUGGGUUCUGCCGGCCAAGAGUUGCCGGGAAACCUCUAGUGUGACCUCUGAGUGCCGCAUGAAAUUUGCGCCAGUGCUGCUGGAGAAACACAGUCACGAUCAGGAAUUGAGAUGCCUCUCUGUUGAGCCCGUGCUGCGCUGCCUGCCUGGCUGCUCCCCUGUGAAGACCACCACCCUUACUGCUGACUUCCACUGCCAACCUAAAGAGUCGGCCGUGAACCAAGCAGACCUGAGCAGCGUCUACGACCUGAGGGAAAAAACCGAGGCUCACCUCGCCUGCAGCUGCACUGCUCAGUGCGCUUGACAUCACCUUUCCUGUCAUGUUUUAAUUUAAUGUCAAAUAAACUGCAUCGCAAAAUAA